AUGCCGCAGGCCCCCGCCGCCGCAGCCGCGGCCCGCACCCCGACCGGCCCCUCUGCGCCCGCCGCCGCCGCGCACGUGGCGGACCCGUCGGCGCCGCCCGCGGCGGACGCCUGGGCGAAUGAGCUGGCGGCCGAGGCGCUCUCCGGCGCGCCGCCGUCCCACUUCUUCUGCGAGCUGCGGCUCGACACCCAGCUCGGCCCCUUCCAAAUUGAGUUCUGCGGUGCAGACGCGACGGACGGCGGCAACGUCGACUGCGUGGUCUCCUUCAAUGGGCCGCCCGACGCGGCGCCCGGGGACUGCAGGAUACUGGUAUCGUUCGCGGCAGUGAAGCGGGGCGGCGGCGCGGACGGCGGCGGCGGCGCCGCCUCAGGCGAUGAGGCAGAGGCGCAGGAAACCGUGCUGGGAGAGCGAGCCGAGGCGGUGUCAGGCAAGACUUUGCGCCACUCAUCGCACUGCUUCGAGGGCCUCCUGCGGUACAGCGAGCUGAGCCGCGCCGCCGCCGCGGGCCUGUCCCUGCGCGCGACGCUCGCGGCCGCGCCCGGCGCGCCGCUCGGGCCGGACGCGUCCGUGCGCGUGCCGGCGGACCCGCUGACCUUCCGCGCCGCUGGCGGCACCAUGCUCGGCGGCCGCUUCAGCGACCUGGCGGUCUCCGUCGGCGGCGCGGGCACGGCCGCAGCCGCGUCCGAGCCUCCGCGGCGCGCGCACCGAGUCGUGCUCGCCGCGGCGAGCCCUGUGUUCGAAAAGAUGCUCGAUUCGAACAUGUCGGAGGGCCGCGCGGCGGCGGUCGAGCUGCGGGGCUCGAGCGCGGCGGCUGUGGACCUGCUUCUGCAGCACAUCUAUGGCGGCGCGAUCCAGGUGCCGCUGGCGCUCGUUUUGGAACUGUAUUCUUUGGCGGAUCAGUAUCAGAUAAAGAGCGACCUCGCGCGGCAGCUCCGGCUGUGGAUGGGCGCGGCCGCGUUCACGCCGGCAGCGCUCGCGGCGCUGCUGCCGGGCGCGCACAGGCUGCUGCCGAGCGCGUGCACCGGCAGCCUCUACGCGCAGGCGGCGUCGGCGCUCGGGGAGAUUUCGGGCGGCGGCGCCGCCGGCGCGGGCGCGCUCGCGCAGUGGCCCGUCGACGCGCUUGCCGAGGUGCUCUCCCGCGCCCCGCCCCGCGCCGCGCACGCCGCCGCAUCGGCCUGGAUGCGCGCGCAGCGCGCGCCCGCGAAGCAGCGCCACCACUGGCCGCGGCUCGUGGCUGCAAUCCAGUGGCGGCGCGCAACCUUGGACGACCUCCGCGCGGUCCGAGGCGAGGCCGGGAGCGGCAAGGUGCCCGGACUGCACGAGGCCCUGUUCGAUGCGUAUGAGGAUCUGGUGCAUCAGAAAGCAGCCGAGGCGGCCGCGGCCUCCGAGUCGCUCGCCCGUGCGCACCGGGCUGUGGUGGCGAUCACGCGCCGGGCUCGUGACGAGGCGAGCUCGGAGGAGGGCGGGGGCGACGAGGACAGCGGCAGCAGCUCCGAAAGCGGCAGCGACGACGACAGCGACGAGGACGACGACGACGACGGCAGCAGCGGCAGCGGCAGCGACGAGCAGGCUGACGAGGACGAGCCGCGGGGGCCCGACCUGCGGGAGAUUCUGCGCUGGGGCAGAGGGAGGUUCCUGUUCGGGCGGGAGCCAAGCGACAGCGGCGGCAGCGGCAGCGAGGACGGCAGCAGCAGCGAGGACGGCAGCAGCGAGGAGGGCCCUUAG